AUGGAAAUUAAUAAGAUAAAGGUUGUAUUAGAAGUGUUUUUAAAAGAUCUUAAUAAGCCAAUUUGUCAACAUAAAAAAAUUUUUAAAAAUUUAAGUGAUUUAAACAAGCAUGUCAAUGGAAAUGGAAUAGACGUAGAAAAGUUAAAAAACGGUGUUAAGAAAUUAAUAAGCGAUUUUGAAGACGAGAAUAUUGAAAAAGAUUGUACUAAUAAUUUAAUAUUUGAGUAUUUAUUAGUAGUAUUUUCUAAUACAACACAUUCUCAGAGGUUUCGUGAGCUACACAAUAUUUUAGAGCAUUUUUAUGACAAAUUAGUUCAAAAAUGGUUAGAACUUGGACAAACAGAAUCAAUAAUCACUAAUGAAAAAUUUAAGGAAGUUGUGAGGAAAUUAAUACCUUAUGUUAAACUGUCAGUGGUCAGUGAUCAACUUACAUCAUCAUUUAAUAUUGAACAAGCUCUGCAGGAGUUAUACGAGAUUAUACUAUAUCCAAACAUAUCCAGAGAAGAUUGUUAUGAAGUCAUAAGGAAUAAAUUUGGAACAACCAACGUCGAUUUUGUAGAUUUUCAAAUUAAACCAGUGAACGAAAGAUAUGGCUUUAUGGGAGACUACUUCAGACUUAAAAUAAACAUAAUAGAAAAUGGAGAAGAAAAUACAUUACAUUUAUUUUUAAAAUAUUUACCAUUUUUCACAGAUCAGGCAAGAGCAAUUUUAACAGGAAUUUCUUUUAAAAAAGAAAAAAUAUUUUACUCCGAAUUCAUUCCCCUAUUAAGAAAGUUGGGAUUAAAUGAAGUGCUUGAUUUUGCCCCAAAUUGUUAUUAUUCCAAUGACAUAUUUAUGAUAUAUGAUGAUAUUUCUUUUGAAAAUUACAGUAAUUUGGAUAUCCAUACAACGUUAAGUUACGAACAGUUAUCAUCUAUAUUUAAACAGUUAGCUAAAUUAAACUCAACUGGUAUUUUAUUCGAAGAAAAACUAUCGGAAAUAUGUGGAAAACCUGUUUAUUUAAACGAUUAUUACAAUAAUAUGAUGGUUGAUCACUUUUUCACCAAAGGCGGAUUUGGUGAGUUUUUUUUUUGUUCUUUACGAGCAUUUUAUCACAUUUUUAAUAAGAUUCCCGAAUUUUUUGAAAAUAAAAAUAUUGAUAAAUUUAAACAACAAAUUUCUGCUAUCAUUGAAGAUUGCGACGAAAAAGUUAAACCGUCAAAAGUGAGCCGUAAUUUCUUGUGUCACGGUGAUUCUUGGAUAAAUAAUGUAUUAUUUAAGAAAAAUCAUUUAGACUGUUUCUUAUUGGACUAUCAGGUUUUGAGGUAUUCGUCUCCUGCUUUAGACGUUCAAUUUGUUUUAUAUCUCCAUACAGAUAAGCAAACACGUGAUAAUUCCGGUACUAAACUUUUAAAUGAAUAUUACACAAAUCUAAAACAAAAUUUAGAAAAAUAUGGAGUUGAUAUCGAGCAUAUUUAUUCAUAUGAAACUUACCAAAAAGCUUUAGAAGAAGUUAAACCAAUGGCAAUGGUAACAGCACUCUCUUACAUGCAGUUAACUUUGUUGCCAAAAGAAUCUAAACAUGUACUUGAGGAUCCAGUAUUGGCCCGAAGGUUCCUGUCAGAAGAUCGAACAGAUAUCAUCGAUAAAUAUUGGGAUGUUAUGGAAGUAACCAAGAUAAAAGAUGUUUUUGAAGAAUUGUAUAUUUCUUUAAAUAAAAAUUAG